CAAAAAACGAAAACAAGGCUCAGCGGGCGCGCUGGUGCGCAGCAGACGCGAGCGCUCGACCAUCUGGGCGAGCAGUACGUCCUCUUCAGCGCCGGCCAGCCCUUGAGGUCAGCGCUGCAGUUGUGCUGCGCGAGGGGCCUGCUUUGGAGGUCGCCUUGUCCAGCGCUCUCGUCCGGCGUCUACGGCAAACAUGGUACAAGGAGGAAACCCGCGCGGCAAGAGCAAGCGCGGCGCGCGCGCGCUCGCCAGCAUAAAAGGCGGCGAGGCGGUUCCGCCGGAGCAGAACGCGACGGCCUGGGCCCAGCGCCUAGGAAUCACGGAUCCAAAGGCCAUGAAGGCGUUCAUUAUUGAUUUCCUGCGCCUCGAGCCGGCCACGCAAGGCCUGCCCGUGCCGCCGUCCGAUGGCUCACGCUGUACAAUCUGCCGGCGGAAGCUGUUUCUCGACUCGCACAACAAGUUCGAGUGCAACGGGCUCUGCACCUCCGGCGUCAAGGCCAAGACUAUUUUGGCGCUCCGGGGCCAGGGAAAAACGAUAUCGGUGGGGCGGACCGGCGGCCAACACGUGACGACCUACAAAACGAUGAGCGAGCACGCGCGGGAGUGGCACCGGCGCAUCGGCGGCGGCGUCGACGUCCAGACCUUCGCGACGUUCUGGGCAAGCCUGCCGGCCGAGUACCGCGCGACGACGGCGCCGCCGUCCGAGGGCGAGCCCUGCCCGCACUGCAAGAAGCCGAUCAAGUUCCAGCGCAAGAUGGUCUGGCGCGGCUCGACGCUGUCGAAGACGCGCAUGAAGUCGGAAAGCACGGGCGGGAAACUCAGCGAGAAGUGCGACGGCGCGUGCAACGUCCAGAACGGCAAGGGCGUCGUCAUCAUCCUGAACGCCUGGACCGACGCCGGCCACGCCUUCGUCGAACUAAAGGACCCGGCCGCCGAGCCGCGCCAGCCGCCGCGCCGCGCGGCGCCCAAGAAGAAGCCCCGCGCGCCGGCGCCGGCACCGGCGCCGCCGCCGGCCGAGGUCGACCUCGACGCGUGCACGCUGCACAAACCCCAAAAGGAGGAGGAGAAGCGGGACGUGAGUCCGCGGCCGAAGUCCCGGCCGAAGGCGCGGCGGGCGACGCAAGCGGCUCCCAAGGACUGGUUCCAGGCGCCGACGCGGCAGGAGGCGCUCGACGCCGCCGCUGAGAGCGAGCCGCGCCGGCAGCGGACCGGGUCCGCGUGGAGCGCGUCGUCCGAGAAGGCGGCGCCGGCGCCCUCGACGCGGGGCCUCGUCGUCGUUUGCGUGGGCUUACCGGGCGCCGGGAAGAGUACUUUCUUCCAGAAGCACUUUGCGGCCGUUCCCGGCAUCGUCCGGUGUUGCCAGGACGUACUUAAAUCUCGGCAGCGCGUCAUAGACGCGGUCGACGCGGCCCUCCAGCGCGGCGACGCGGCGUUUGUCGAUCGUACGAACGUCAAUAAGGAGCAGCGCGCGCAUUGGGUGCGCCUUGCAAAGCGUCAUGGCGCCCGGUGCGUGGCGCUCGAGUUCCGGACGCCUGCUGACUUAUGCGCACAGCGCUGCGAGGCGCGCGAGAACCAUGAAGGAGGGGUCGAUCGCACGAACCGCGAGUGUCGGCGCAUCGUCCGCAUCAUGAGCGACGAGUUUCGCCCGAUCCGGAAAAACGAGGGCUUUGAUCAGAUCUUCUGCGUCGACGAGGACUAUGCUCCGACCAAGUCCGUGGCGGCGAUCAAGGGCAUGAUUCCCUACCGCCCCGGCGCGACGAGCGUCGACGCGGCGGCGCCCGCGUUCGUCCCCGGCGCGCCACCGCCGGCGAACCCGACGUGGGUCCACUCCUCUUCGAGGUUCGUGCCGCCGCCGGCCGCACAACCCCCGCGGUGGGCGCCUCCGCAGGAAGACGCUGAUUUGGCGCGGGCGUUGGCGGCGUCGCGCGCCGACAUGCACGCGCGGCCGCCGCCGGUCCCGUCGGUGGACGCGGACCUCGAGCGCGCUCUUGCCGCGUCGGUCGCCGAGAGCUACGCGCCGAGCUACGUGCAGUCGACGGCCGACAUCGUCGACGACGACGCCGACGACGACUUCGACCUGCGCCGGGCCCUGGCCGCCUCGCUGGCGGAGACGCGGCCGGCGACCUCCUACUACGCGCCGCCACCGGCCGCGUCCUACGCGCCGCCGCCGGCAUCCUACGCGCCGCCGCCGCCCGCCGGCCCGCGCGGCGAGGCCGAGGUGUUGCUGCGCGAGAUGGGCAUCUCGCCGCACCUCGCGGACCUCUUCGUGCAGCAGGAGAUCAGCCGCGACGUCGCCCAGGCCGUCGAGCGCGCCGACCUCGAGGGCCUCCUGUCGGAGCCCGACAUCCAGAAGUUCCUACGCUGGCAGCGCGUGCACUAG